UCAGUCCAGGAGGGCUAAGUGGUGCAUCAUUUCUGUCCAUGAGAAAACUACCCCAUUGAAGUAUAAAGAUGGUCCCUCUCCAGAGCCCCAUAAAUACUGCAGGAAGGUGGGCGACACUACACAGGAAAGGGUUUGCACAAAUAAAGAUAGGACCCACCAAAUUGGCCAGCAAGGAAGGGUUUUUGAUCAUUUGUGCCCUCAUGGGCUGUUCUUCUGUCCUAGGACAAGGCCAAAAGUGUAAAACCUCGAAUCCGGGAAGAAAACAACCCGCCCCAAAUCAAGGAGGAGCCGGGAAGUGAAGCCUCUUCUUCACAGCCUCCAGACAAUCAGUCAGUAGCAGGACAGAAGAAGCCCAAAGGCGCCGAGGCAAAACCGGUCCUCAUCAAAGAUGUGGAAGAGGAGGAAUUGGACCAGGCAACCUUCAACAUUUGCAAAAAGCUAAUGAGGCCUGUAAAAAAUUCCUUGAGGCAGCUGGAUAAGCCAGAAAGUGGACUUUCAGACCAUGACCUGCUGGAGCAAACUCGCAAUUCUCUUCUCAACAUAGGAGACCACAUAGCGGAUUGUUUGAAAAUCCACAGUGAACCAGAUGUUCUUGACAUAUGGAGAAGGAAUCUAUGGGUAUUCGUCUCGAAGUUUAUCGAAUUUAACACCCAGAAAUUACACAAGUUAUACAAGAUGGCUAGCCAAAAGCGAGCCCGGGAACAGGAGGAACAGAAGAAGAAGGAAGAGACAACGAGUGGCAAGUGGCUUCGUCCAGAAACUCCUGGGCCCAGUCGAGAUAUUCCACUGCUUCCUUUCCCCCAAAGCCCGCAUUCACAAAAUCUGCAGCAACCAUCUCCCCAGCCUUCACAGAUUCAUGGACAUGAAUUCAUGAAAUACCACCAGCCAAAUAGAAGGGACUUUGGCCAUACAGGGCGAAGGGAAUGGCAGAGGGAUCCCCAGUUUAACUACAGUUGGAAUGUGUAUACCAAUUGGGGCCGAAACCGGUACCAGCCGUACGAGCCCCGCUGGCACCGGGAACACCAUUAUGCAGAUUGCCAGGCGCGCAGAGAACAGUAUCAGAGCUCAGGAAACUACCAGCCCAGCAACGUCUCCCGUAAACGCCCCUAUGAUCCAUACAACAGUGAACGCAAUUACCGCGGACAACCGGACUACAGGUACUGCUAUGAAGCCAAGAGGCAACGGUUAGAUGAAUUCAGGCCCCAGAAUUACCCAGAAGAUUAUCAGAGGAUGGCUGACUAUAGACCGCCCUUGAGUCAUCAUGGGCAAGGACCAUCUGACCAUUACAGGCCUUUCCACCCAGACAAAUCUGCUGAUUACAAGCAACUCCUUCUCCCUCCUCACUCCCAUCUCUCUGACCCUCGCUCUCCACCUUCUCAGAAAUCUCCGCUUGGUAUCAGGUCUUCCAUUCAGUAUCACUCACUUCUGGAUAGGCCCUUAGAGCAGAGGAACAAUCCAGAAUAUAAAUGGAGUGGCCGGAAAACCUAGAGGUUAUAUUUGUGAUAAAGGCAUUGGCCACUGUUGAAAUGAUUUCCAAUGUAAAUAUGUUCUUUAUAAAAUAUGUAUUAUUAUUUUCCUAUGGUUAAACUGCAGUAUUUUGGAUUGUUGUACAUUGAAAGUUCCGUUUUUCAAAAAUUGGAAUUUCUAUCUCUCUAUCUCUCCUCCCCCAAAUAGUUGUCCCUGAGGUUAUUUAUAACUUAACGGUUUUCUUGUUUUGAAAAUAUAGAAGUCUUUUAUUACUUCAGCUUAAAAGCCUGAUUCUAGAUAGUGAAAACAAAAUCUUCCUCAGUCAUUCGUUCUUUUCAUAUUCACCUCCUUUUUUCAUAUUGUUUGACAUUUUCUGGAUUUAUUUUUUCUUUUUGAUCUCUUCUCUGAAAAGUAUCCCAGUAGUUUGAAAAAGACCUCAAUGCAGAAAUUUGAAAUGUGGCCAAAUGGUACGUAUGACCUAAGAUAUUCCUCCCCAUCACAAAUCUAUUUUUACUGAAAGGUGAUGACAUUUUUAAUUUUUUUAAUUGAUCUUUGUUUUUCUGAAUUUGGUAAUUAUUUUGGCAGCAAGGUGAGCUGGGUUUUACAGUGAACUAGCCAAUUCAACAAACACAACAAAAAUGAUCUGGUUUAUACCAUUUUUUUCAUCCUAAAGAUUGCAUCAACAGAAAAUCAGGACUGUGUUAUUGGGAAGAAAAAGAAAUUUAUUUGCUUUUUUUUAAAAUCAAUAAAUAAUUUACAAUAUUUACAUCACAACACUCCAUACAAUUUCCACACACAUGCAAUAAGCUUGAAAGGGAGGCAGUGUGUUUGUUAUAUGCUUUCCCUGUCUUUAUUCAGAUUUUCAUUCAGAGCCUCUUGGGUCUUCAUCGGCUGAAUUCACUCAGAAGCCAAAAUUUGACUGAAGAUAAUAAAAAAUAAAGUGCUUUGUUAAUAAUUAGAGGUUUAAGAAACGAUAUCUGGGAAACGGUUUUAGAGCUCAUCAUAAUCAGAGAAAUAAGUUGAAGAGAAUGAAAGAUGACAGUUAGGUAAGAAAAACCUCCCUAUUUGUUACAUUUUACUGUUUUCAAGAAUUUUGAUUUAUGAAACGCUAAAAUGAAAUGCCAUUUUGAUAGUGGCCAGUUAAUUUGGAUUAAAAUCCCCCUCCUCUUAUAGUGACAUCAUUGAAUCGGGUUUAUAGGAGUUGUAGUUAGCAUGGGUUAUGAGCAUUUUUGAGGAAAACUUCACGUGAAGGAUGAGUUCUCAUCUUCAUCGCAAACAGGGUGAUAAUUCAGGUUUUCAUUGCUGAAUUGUAUAAAUUCAGCCAAAGAUUUCCAUAUAUGGUUUAUCCAGUUCCUUAAAUGUUAUUCAGGCAAAAACAUUUAAAAAAUCACACUGCAUUUCUUCUGUCACACUUGGACGAAGCUGCAAGAGAUAAUUGGUGGAAAUUUGGAAAAAAUGUCUUGAAAAAGCUAGGUGAUGAUUGUGUUCCAAAGUGAAUGGCAAUGGGUGCCAUAGGUUUAUGCAAGCAUGCAUGAAUUAUGAAGGCAAGACAAUCUUCACUCUUCACAGUCAUUUAUUCCUGGUAUCCACCUACCAUCUAGGACUUUUACUCCAAUCCAAUUUGCCUGAAAUGCUAUCUAAAUAGGGUCAGUGGUGAUAAAACCUGGCAACCAAGCACUGUGGACAUUCUGACUUAUACUUUUUGUGAAAUCAUAGUACAGUUUGCUAAUAGUACUUUUGAGCUAAAUGUGGACAGAGAGAGAUGUCCAUCUUGACUCCCUAGACAUCUGAAAACGUGGGAAUAGAGUCUCCCCUAGGACCCUUUCCAAGUGACCCCAAUUAUUCUCAAACUACACAAGGCAAUAGAGAAAACAAUCAUGUCCACUGAUGAACAAAUCAUGAAGAGAAGUAAUAAAAGUACUCUUUUAAAUAUUUUAGGAAAGAAGCAGGGGAAUCUCAUCUCUUUGCUCACUUGGCAAAAUGAACAUGUGUAACAUUUAGUAUGUGUUCAACUUACUACACACUCAAACAAGAUAAAAUAUCAGCUAGCAGAUGAUCAGAUGGAUGUUCAUGCUUGAAACAUACAAAAACAAGGCUUUGUGUAUAUCUGGAUGUCCUUCUGGUGUUGUGAUGGUCAGAUAGGGCUCACAAUUUAGGAGCAGACUGAACUCACUUUCAAAGGUUUCCCUAAAACUUGCAUGUUGUCAAUCUACACAGCAAACACACCCACACAAUAUGUCCCCUUCCCAAGAACGGGGUUACACCCAUUAUGGUGUAUUCAAAAUAGAAAGGUAUCAGGAUAAGUUUAAGGAUGGGAGAGUUCUCAUCUGGCAGCUGGACCUAAACCCAACAUAAUGUUUCAACAAUUCCUUAGCUCAGGUGUUGUACAAAGAAAAACAUGGAGCUAAAGAAGGUGCAUCUUGUAAAACGGUACUUCCAGAAUACUGAGGCAGGCCUUCUAUCUCUGCCUUUCUCCCUCGAAUAAAACAAUGGCAUUGUUGAUGAGGCCUACCCAUCUUCUGGAAACGCACAACUUCUCGAUGAUAAUUGAUUUAUGAUCAAUGACCCAUCACUUGUUGCUCGUAUGUAAUAUGAGCUUAUGUACCGGAGACAAAUUCCUUGUGUGUUCAAUUACACUUGGCCAAUAAAGAAUUCUAUUCUAUAAUACAAGAC